AUGUCACAUUCGACAUCCAUACUCUCGAAAACGCUCCAGUCAAUCACAGUGACCAAGAUCCGCGAACUUGAAAAACAAAGAGCACAGUACGAGAAUCGUAAAAGCAAGAUCCUCGAGGAUGCCGAAUGCCACACCGACCAGGGCGAGCGCAUUGGCUGUCUGCUCCACGGUGUGAAAGAGCUAUGUCGCAAUGGUUACGAUGAGGAAAACGAUGUCGACAACAUUGAGAGUCUUUUGGCUCAGUCGAAAUACGAUGCAUCGGUGCCAGCUCACAUGCUGCAAUCGUCCGAAGACUUUCUGCGCUCUAAGCUCGAUGUACAGAGUCACAAGCUUAGCAUGGCUCACCUGUACUCGAACCUUGUGACGGAAUGGAUGAAUCCAGGGGAGCCUAUGGAGAGCACCGCCGCCACUGCGUUGGCCGAGGAAGAGUCGUCUUUCGAGUUCAUUGACCGCCAGAAGGAGCGCCUGCAGAAUCUUUGCGACCAAUUCGAGAACGUUGUGUUCACACCGUUGGACACAGACGAGGUGGAGAUCAACAAGUAUCUUAAUGGCUUCUUCGACACCGACGACAAGAAAGAAGUCCUUCGCACUGUGAGAUAUCAUAUGCGUAGCAAGAGCGAAGCCAUGCUAGUAACAGCCCGGCCUUUCGAUGAGAGAACCUUGAAGCAGUGCAUCAAGGGUUUGCUUGAACAAGACCUUCUCAGCGACGAGAAGCAGGGCCUCCUUAAGGAGUUCGAACAUAACGAAGUAGUUCUGCGAGAGAUCGCAGACGUCUUGAACACACGGUUUACCAACUUCGAAACCUGGGAUUGGGAUGCUGGAGAAGAAGGCGUGCCCGUUUUGCCACGCCAACAGCUCAAUGGCAAGUAUCGCAUCUGGAUGGACGAAGAUGUACUGCAGGCCAUCUUCGUCCACUACGUUGGUAUCAACAGCUGCGUCAGUCUCAAAGAGAUUUUGACACGCAUCGUUUCUAACGAAAGCAACAAGUUCUGGAGAUGGCAUGCUGGGCCGCCAUUCACCGAGAGAGAGGCGCAGCGGCGCGCCUACUACCUCAACGAAGGUAUUGAAGACGUACCAGGGUGCAGACGCCGUGUCUCCGAACGAAAAUGGGAAAACGACAGGCCAAGGUCCAGAGGUGCCUCUUUGGAUGCUCCAGUCAGAAUCAGGACUUUCGGAAACAUUGCAGAACGCCGUAGAAAAGAUUAUGUCGACAACUUCUGUGUCGCUGCACUUCCGAGCCGAGUUGACACUCUCAAUAAUGGGCUCUAUGCAGACGAAGGAGAGCAGUCGGAAGAUGUUGAUGACGGCUGGGGAGUCAAAAGGGACACCCGGGAAGAAGGGGCGAAAACUUCAAACCAGAACAUCAAGCAGGUCCUACUCCGCACGCUUGCGACUGAGAUCUUGAUCCAGCAAUCGCUCCAUGGACAGGCUGCUGUAGUGCAAUCCGAUCUAAAGUGGUUCGGGGCCAGCUUAUCACAUACGUCAAUCUUUGCCGUCAUGCGCUUCUUUGGGUUCCCUGUCAAACUGAUCGACUUCUACAGAAAGGUUCUCGAGGCCCCUCUGAACCUAAGCCCCUCGUCGGAUUCUCUGUCAGCAAACAGGCCACGGAUCAGACGCCGCGGAAUGCCCAUGGCUAGGGCACCUGAGAAGCUCAUCGGGGAGCUCAUUUUGUUUGUCAUGGACUUCGUCGUAAACCAGGAGACAGGCUUGCAAUUGUAUCGCUUACACGACGAUCUCUGGGUUGUCGGUGAUCCAGUCUACACCGCAAAGGCUUGGGCUGCCAUGCAGCGCUUUGCUCGUGUGAUGGGACUCGAAUUCAAUACCAAAAAAACCGGGUCGGUAUACCUAACCAACAACGGGUUACCAAAAGACGAGGCCAUUGCAGCAGAGCUACCCGACGGCUGCGUCAGUGUUGGACACCUUUUACUGGACCCGGAGAGCGGCAAGUGGAUCAUCGACCAGGAGAAUGUAGUGGAGCACAUCACCCAGCUGAAAAGGCAACUCGCAGAGUCGCGGAGCGUGCUGGAUUGGGUGCGAACCUGGAACAGCUGCAUCAGCAGGUUCUUCGGUCAUACUUUCGGCGAGCCUGCUUUUUGCUUUGGAAAAGAGCAUGCCAAGAGCAUCUUGGAGACCUACCAAAAGAUGCAACACGACAUCUUUGAGCCUUGGUGCGAUUCAGCCGGUGAGAUGAGUGGCAGAUACAACGCUGUCCAAUACAUCAAAUCCAAGAUUGAGGAGCGCUUUGGGGUAGCAGACGUCUCGGACGCGUUCCUUCUAUUUCCGGACCAGCUGGGUGGCCUCGGGUUGCGUAACCCCUUCAUUCCCUUCUUGAUGACGCAGGAUAGUCUUAACCGUGAGCACGGGUCUCCGAUUGAGAUAAUUGACGACUUUUUCGAGAAGGAACUGGAGGAUUACAGGUUUAAGAAGAAAGAGUUCGAGGCAUUGAGUGGUGCUAAGGAGCGCGAGCAUCGUGCCGAGAGAAGGUUUGGCCACUUCGACCCUGCCGACGUUCUCCGCCCCGGUGAAGCGGACAACUUCAUGAGCUUCGAAGAGUACACCGCCCACCGUGAGCUCACUAGCGCUCAUGUGGCGGAAGCAUAUUGUACCCUGCAGGACACGCCGGCCAUGACGCAACCACGGACUGACUGGGAAGUUGAUAAAACUUUGGAAAAGUUGAACCUUCGACCAGCCAGUAUGCUCACCGAAGUGGAGUGGGUGACGCAGAUGUAUCACAAGGAAGCAAAGCAGCGGUUCGGCGGUCUCCGGCUGGUCGAGGAGCGAUUCUUGCCCCUUGGCGUGAUCGCUAUGAUGGCAAAAAAGGCCGUUCGAUGGGGCCUGAUUCUCUGA